GCGUCACCAACCAAGUUGUCGUUCAACUCAUCGCGCUCUCCUCGAGCAUCGCCCUUCCGCCGACCCGAUUCGGACGGACUCCUGCGCUCUCCUUCGACGGUCCGCGACCGCUCGGAAUCGCCUACCAAACCGCUGUCCCCUUCACUGUCGCCCGAGAAAUCCAAUCCGUUUGUACGGCGACCUUCGCAGUUGACGACCGGCGAUCGCCCAAGGAGUCCCUUCGCCCGUCCAACUAGUCGCCUCAGCAUCGCAGAGUCCUCAUCAAGGCCCACGUCUUCCGGCUCUCUAGCUCCUCCGAUAUCCUUCUCCCGCCAUGCUUCACAGGCUUCAGUAGACGAGGAAUCCUCGGCUCCUCCAUCACCCUCACCCGCCGCUCGUAUUGAAGAGUCGCGCAUGCCUGGAGAUGAUNGCAGUACCUUCAUCCCCUCGCAUCCCUUCAUCCCCAUCGCCGCUUGUUGUACCGAGCUCGCCCGCUGUUGCGCCGUCAUCGCCACUAGGUCCUCGUUCGCCUGUAUUAUCUCCGUCUGCGUCUCGGCCUAUGCGACCAACCGCCCAACGUACUGUCACCUCGUCUACUCAGGCUACUAUCCGAGCGCCAGUACCCACCUCUCGCGAUUCUACCACAAGUGCGGCCCCGAGACCGAGUGUCAUCACCCGCCCAAGUNNUAUACCUCCCGACCGAGUUUCACCGCCCCUUCCUCGGUCCCUGUUCAGAUGGCCACUGGCCAGUACUCUCACCUCCCACAAUCCCUGCUACGAAGCAUGCGCGAGUCGUUCGAAGUCUUGGAUGCCUCUAACACAGGUGCUAUCACCUCAGCUAGUGUGGCCGAUAUGUUGCAGCAGAUGGGUAUGGACUCUUCCCCCAGGGCUGUCGCUUCUUUCUUCCCGCCGGGGACUCCCUCCUCAAUCACUCUUGGUCGUUUCUUGGACUUGAUAUCAGCUCCACUGGCCGAGCUCAGCGAACCAUCGGAGCUCGCCGCCGCUUUUGCUGCUUUCGACGUUGAUGACAGUGGUCAAAUCGACAAGCAUGAGCUACGGGACGCUCUGCUCAACACCGCUCCAGAACCCGGCGUUGGAAAUGUGAGUUUGACGGAGCAUGAAAUCGAUGCUAUCAUGAGCCAGUUCUCGGCGAGGAGAGCAUUUGGUGCCAAAGGCGUCUUCGGCAAGGAGUUGGCUGGCGGUGACAGAAAGAGAGGUGAAGUCUUCAGAUACAGAGAUUUCAUCUCGAACAUCUCGGGCAGUGGAGGUGCCGAGGGUGCAGAAGUUGCUGCUUGA